AUGAGUAUCUCUUUGAACGAGCGCAAGGCGGAAGUAAGGAUUCAAUUCAAAGACAUCGCCUUCGACAUUUUUGGCACUAGUGCUCAUGGAGAUGUUUCGGUUGCUCGAAAUGAACUCGUAAUUCGUGUGCAGCCUGGCGAGGCUGUCUACCUAAAGGUAAUGACCAAACGCCCUGGCAUGGACUUCAUUCCCGAACAAACGGAACUGGACCUUACCUACUCCCAUCGAUAUGAGCACCUCAAACUGCCGGACGCCUACGAGCGCCUCCUGUUAGACGUCUUCUCAGGCUCGCAGACCAACUUUGUUCGAUAUGACGAACUCGAUGAAGCUUGGCGAAUUUUUACUCCCGCUCUGCAGGAGUUAGAAAAGGAGAAAAUCAAGCCAUUCCCUUAUCCACACGGCAGCCGAAACGGGCCACCAGAGGCGGACGAAUUGAUGCGCCGUGUGGGCUUUAUUUACUCGAAUGCCUACCGCUGGACUCCCAGGGUGUCCUCAACAAAAUGA